AUGGAGGCGGUUGCAGCGGCGGCGGCCAUGGUGGACCUGAACACCCUCUCGCGCCGCGAGCUCCAGGCGCUCUGCAAGCUCAACGGCGUCCGCGCCAACAUGACCAACCUCGCCAUGGUCGAGGCCCUCCACUCCCUCCCCUCGGUGGACGGGAUCGACCAGAUCGGCACCACGCUCUGCCUCCCGACCCCCGGCAAGUCGGCGGUGAAGUCCGUCCUGAGGACCGCGGCGCCCUCGGACCAGCAGCAGCAAGGGAGCCCGCUCCCGCGCGGCCGCCGCGUGUCGGUCAAGUCGCCGGAGGCCAUCAGGAUGGACGCCGAGGACGAGGAUGACGAGGCCAAGCGGGAACUCAUCAGGGAGAUCGUGCGGACCCCCGGCGUGGCCCUGCGUAGCACCAGCCGUCGCGCGCGGGCCACGCCCGCGCCGCUCCCGACUCCGGCGGCUGGCACCCUGCGGAGGAGCCAGAGGUCGACGGUUCGCAAGGCCGCGGCGCCGGUUGAGGAGACCGAGGUGUCCAUUGCGAAGCGAUCGACGAGGAGGACCGCGAUACCGAAGGUGGCGAUUGAUUUUGACCAGGAAGAGGAGGAUGCGGCGGUGACCAAAGGUGUUACUGAAGAGAAAUGUGAUGACCCUGAGGAGGAGGAAGGUACAAAGCUUCCGGAAGAAGGAAAUAGCAAAGGGGGUGAACCAGAGCAGGAAGAGGAAGGAGCUGCUGCAAUUGAGGAAGAAGAGAAGCUUGUGAAUCCUGAGAAGUCUGCUCCCCUGUCAGCCAUGGAGGAUUCACCAAUCUUAGGUGUCCUUUCCAAGGUGGCACCUGAACCAGACAUGAACAACGUUGCAAAUAGCUCGACUGAAGCUCGUGAGGUUCUUUGCAAUUGGUCACCUGUGCGGGGGAUAGCUGAUGGGAUCAACAAUGCCAGUGAAGAUAAAGAAGAUGCUGCUGUUGUAGUGCUAGGAGAAGCCGUCGAGGAAGAUGCCUUCAAUUCCACCGUUGAGGCUGCUGCUUCACCUAACAAGAUUGCCACAGCUGCUAUGACUGAGAAGGAAAUAGCUGUUGUUGAGAUCAACAAUUCCAAUGAAGAUAAGGAAGAUGUUGCUGUUGAAGUGCCAGGAGAAGCCGUCGAGGAAGAUGCCUUCAAUUCCACCGUUGAGGCUGCUGCUGCACCUAGCAAGAUUGUCACAGCUGCUAUGUCUGAGAAGGAAAUCGCUGUUGAUGAGAGUCCUGAGGAAUAUGUUCUUGUUGGAGAGAGCAGCGAGGAAGCUGACCUCACCGAUCAGAGCAGCGAGGUGGAUGAUCUUGAUCAAGAUGAAGCUGACCUCACCGAGCAGAGCAGCGAGGUGAUCGAUCAAGAUGAUGCUGGCCUCACCGAGCAGAGCAGUGAGGUGGAUGAUCUCGAUCAAGAUGAGGAAGAUAUGCUGAAGGCUGACCGAACAAUCGAUGAAGAGAGUGAUGAGACCAUUGAGGUUGCUGCUGCACCUAACAAGAUGGACCCAGCUGCUGUGACUGAGAUGGAAGUCGCUGUUGAUGAGGUGCCACAGGCUGAUCUGACGGACGAUGAGAGUGCUGAUGAAUAUGAUCAGGAUGGGGAGAGCAGCGAGGGAGCUGACCUUAGCGAGGAGAGUAGCGAGGUGGAUAUGCUAAAGGCUGACCAGACAGUGGAUGAAGAGAGUGAUGAUACCAUUGAGGUGAGCGGCUCCAUUGACGUGAACUUUGAUUCAGAUGAAGAGGAGGAGCAGCUCAAGAUGCCUGGGACAGGCGAAGAGACAGAUGAAGUUGAGGAGAGCGACUCACUUUCUGGAGAUGAAGAUGAUUUCAGCGGUGAUCUAUCAUCAGAGUUUGACGAUGUCUUGAAUUUCAGUGAUGCUGAAGCUGAAAGUGACAGCUCUCCUGUGGCGCUGAAGGGAAUCGAUGCUGCUGCUGCUGCUGCUGCUGCCUCAUCUGCAGCCAAGACCGUCGAAUCUGUCAUUACUGAAGAGACAGAAGUAUCCAGCGAGGGGGAUGUGGUUUCUCAACACGUUGUCACCGUUGUCGAGUCCCUGGACAAGGUCGUCAUCACCGAGAAGAAAGAAGUGUGCGCAAAGGAGAAGAAGCAGCUGAAAGUUGGGAAGGAAAUGAGCCUAAGGAAGCUGAAAAGCGCUUACAAGGAGAGCCUCAUUGCUGCCAAGGAAGGGAAGAAGCUGACCAUCGCCACCGACGAUGGCAACAGGGUGGCGCUUGCAGAGCUGGAUGACAACGCCGAUUGCUGAUCGGCCAAGGACUUGCAUCUACUGGGACUGAACAAAGAAGAAAGGGCUCUAAUUCUGAAUUCAUAACUAGGCUUUGCAUUCUUUUUCAUUUCAAAAUGCUGCGAGCAAGUUUUCGUGUUUGUGGGGUAGAGAGCAUCGGGUUGUGAAACCAUGGUUUCUAUGAACCAACCUGCAUGUUAGUGCUGGUUCUUUCCCCAUCUCUUUUUCAGUUCUUCAGGUCGUUCCGUGUUAGUUCCGUGAUAUGUCAAAUGGAUAUGGAUUAUACAUACGGGGUUGAUGAGACAGCCUUCUGAAUCUUA